AGGAAUCCCACGACCCUGGGUCAUCACUGCCAGAUCAAACAACCAACCGGGCCUUCGUCAACAAGGUCACCAUCACCUCGUGUCACAUACCUGAGCCGACAAACAUCCCUCUAUCUUUGUGGCCCUCGAUGGGUGCUUAGUGCUUGCUUGACAUAAAAGACAACCAACGAAGACGUCUCCCUGGAACCUCUUUGACGUGUGAGCCUCACAUCACAACCGCCUGCCAAGGGAGCUUGUACGACAUCCAAGGACAAUCAGUGUUUGUCCAGUGAACCGGUUGAGUGCUGCGAGGAUCAGCUUGGGAGGACCAGCUUACGAGGUCUGGCGCUACGAGGCACUGUUUGCCCCUUUUCCUUCAUAAGACAGCUGGCUGCCCAAGAAGGUUGGAGGUGCUCGCCCGACUAUUUUUUAAAACGAAAGAGGUGGUAAACACAAGUACGAAAGCAUUGGACUGUCUAUCCUCGCCGAUUCGGCCAUCACAACCUGGCAUACUUCAACAACAGAGGUACUGCCUCUACCACAAGUGGCUCAAUGAACGUCACUUCGCUACUAAACACUUCGGGAGCGGCGCAAGCCGCAGGCGCAAGGCGUGCUUCAGGCCCGGUCACCUUGGGUGGCUAUGAGGCAGGAGACAGGAUGGUGCCCGUCCGGACUUCAAGCGAAUCAAGGCUGGCCGGACGAAGCAGGACACCUUGGGAUGCUGGUGGAUACUCUCUACCAUUGACCCUGAACGUCAAGAACGUACAAAACUCACCAGCAGCCAAACCUUCCUUCUACACAGAAGCAACACCAGUUGACAGCGUCGGCUCGACCAGCCCGAGGUCACCAAAGCACAAGUUCUCAGACAGCCGCAGCAGCCUCUCGUCAUACACAACGAUGUCGUCAAAUACUUCGAGUCACUCUCGGUCGCACUCAAGAAUCUCAUCACUGUCCACAGUGAGCGAGUAUCAGCCGAUGAACUCCUAUAUGUCUGAUUCAACCCCAACGGAAAGGCAGAUGUCUGAUCCCGACUCUGGGAUGACGUGCCCAACCGUUGUUGAGAUUCAACCCCCUUCACCAUCUAGGAGGGCCUUUGACGACGUCUCCCCUGAUGCCUCGGACAAUGAUAGCUCAAUGCAUUCAGACCGACCCCGAUCGCCCUCAGAUGCCAUUCUGGUUCGAAACAGAGCGCUUGCAGGAAGUGCAAGUCCAAGUGAUUCCAGGAUCAUUAAUUCUUUUCUGCGGCCUGAUUCACCCUCAGCCUCAAUUUCUCGGGCACACAAGAGGACGGUAUCAGCUCCAGAUUUCCCCUCUCUCCAACAAAGAUCACAUCAUUAUCCUUCGUUUGGCCCCAUGGCUGAGCCUACCCCCCCGAAGUCGCCACAGGCCGAUGAGCAGCAGUCAGUUGGCUCGGACACUGCCAUGACCACCUCUACAGCUGAGAACACCCAGACGGCCCCGGUGCUUCCUCGCUCUGCCCCACCUGAGCCCAAGUGCAUGUUCGUGGAUCCAUGUACCACUGGAUCUUCGCUCAGGAAGGCUAUUUCUCACAUCUUCGGUCGAAACAAGCUCUGUACCAAGGCCAUCCCUCAUGGAAUCUGGGUUCACUACUGUCGCAAGCAUUACCAGAGGUCUCGUUAUCGCAAUGCUACUGACUAUGCGAUUCGACAAGUCGAGCUUGUUCUGAUCCAGAUCGAGAAGGUCCACGAUUGGAGCGAGGAGAACAUCAAGACCGGUCGGCGAGGAGAAGGCGUGCUCAAGCACUGGACUUUGCAGGCUCGUAAGCGCGAGGCCAAGCGCCUCCAGGAGUCUGACUCACGAAAGCGCCGCUUCAACGACGAGGACGACGAUGACCAAGAGUUCAGCAGCGGCACAGCGAUCCCUGGCUGGCUACAAGACAAGCUUAACAAGGACUACGGAACCGAGGAGAUGCUUGCAAUCAUCAAGGAUGUCAAGGCCCGAAUGGACGCUGGGGAGAUCCAGCAGAUACCCGACAUCGAGAUCCUCCCCGAGAUCAUCACCGAUGGUAAUGAGUCGAGGCCCAAGGCAACUGUCCGCCGUACCGGUAGCAACGGCAGCGGCCACCGCCACACCAAGUCUGAGGUCUACCGAGCCCCCCCUUCCAUGAGCAGCUACAACGGUCGCCCGGGCAUGGCAUUCGGCCAGGACAACAAGCGCUUCCGUACUGGCGCCAGUACCUACCAAAUGCCCAUCCACAACCUCACCCACCGCUCGCUGGGUGGCAUGAAUCAGGGUUAUCCGUAUCAGAUGGGUAACGGGUUUGCAGCCAUUGCCGAGAACCAGGCCGACCCCAACUUCUGGAGCCCUCAGUCGUACAGUAGCAACACUGUCUUGCCCGCUCCUGUUCCUCAGCGCCACGUCAGUGUGCCUAUGGCUCCGGACAACAACACUGUCCAGUCUUAUGCGCCUCAGAGUCGUCCUAUGCACGUUAGAAGCGUGUCAGAGAACCCUGUGCUGCACAACUCCGGAAACGGCCCAACUGGCUUCCGCCCUUACGCUUCGCAGCCCAGCCAGGCUUUCCAGCCGCAGGAGAUGUUCGCCAACUACCCGCCGCCUCAGAGCUAUGGAGGACCCCCGAACUACCAGGGACAGAGUUAUGACCCAAGCCUGGGCUCCAAUGACCCUAACGCGCGGUUCUUCGGCCAGAUGGACGGAGCCUUCGAUGGUGGAGCCGACUGGGACAGCACGCGCAACGGCCACGCUCGCGUUCAGAGCACGUCCUCCAUGCACCCAGCACACAUGCAGCGACACUUGUCUAUGUCCGGUGGCCCCCCUUCGAUGAGCUCCCUCCCGUCGAUGAACGGCAUGGGCAACAACGGCAUGCCCACCUACGGCUACGGAGAGUACCAGCAGCACCAGCAGCAGCACCGCUACUAG